AUGUACAAGAGGGGAGAUAAAUCCGACCCCAAUAACGACCGAGGCAUCUGUGUGAGCAGUAACCUGGGGCAGGUUUUCCGCUGUAUUCUUAACACCUGCGUACAGGCCUUCCUUACCGAACACAGUGUCUGGAGAAAGAUGAGAGGGGAAACUCCACAAUAUGGGGGCCAGGGCUCACAGAUCAACUUGAUACCUGCCAUUUCUGGGCGACUUGAUGACAUUUUGUGGAAACACAAUGGGAGCAAGGUGGUCGAGUUCGACGGCAGAGAGCAAAGGGUGUAUGGCACGUACGCCAACAGGGUCAUCCUGGACUGGCACACGGCAGAGCUCACCAUCAAGGACCUCAGCGAUGAAGACAGCGGAGUAUAUGACUUAGAAGCAACCAAAGAGGGCGUACUGCAACUUUCACAGCACAAGGUGGAGGUCAUUGAUCAAGUGGCGGAGCCGACCAUAUCCUGCGUGUUUAGAGACAGCCGAAGCCCCAACACGUCGGACACCGAGGCGAGGCUGGUGUGCUCUGCAGAACCCCGCGGUGCCCCGGCCCCGAUGGAGUUUUCCUGGAGGUUGCCCGGAGGGUCGCGGCCCGGUCCAGAGUUACCGGUAUCCAUCCAGGGAGAAGACGACGAUACGGUCUACAUAUGCGUGGUUAGCAACCCGCUGAGCAACAAGACGGCAACGUACCGCGUCAAGAACUGCUACGCAGCGGAAGGGGCAUUAUCGAGCUCAUCGAAGCUGAUUAUUGGCCUCGUCGUCGCUCUGAUCAUUGUGGCGAUCAUCACGGCGGUGGCUGUCAAACUGCGUCCCUGGAGCCGCUGGCGCAAGACAGUAAACACUGUGCAGCAAACGGAAACUGCUGAGGAGAAGCCAUCGUUGGACCCCAACCCAGAAGGGCAUGUGGCCAAAGUAGUAACAGAAUACGAGGACAGGAACGUUGCCACAGACCUCAAGUCGCCAAUUAAAACUCAAUUUUCUAACCAAUCUCCAGCAAGCCUGGUGAGAAGCUGCCCAACAAACACACGGACAGGGUCAGAGAACAGGCCAGAUCAAAACCGUGAAACAGAACCUUUGCUCUCUACCAACCCUCCCAGCAUUCAACCACUUGGCUCUCCUGAGGUGAAAAGUGAACGCAAUGAAGGACCAACACAGAGAGGGCCCUCAGGAUCCGGCUCAACUACUGCUGUAACGGUCAGCGGAGAGUCGAGGGAACAAAGUCAGGAGAAGUCCAGCACACCUGGACAGGCUAGUGUGAACCCUCCACAACCCAACCUGGGAACAAAUAAGUCAGAGGAAGGAAUAAAUACUCAGGCUGGCAUGACAGACGCUAUCCACGGUAAAGAUCAGGAAAAUGACCACACCAGAUUCUGA